UCAAAGUACAAUACACGAUGAUCAGCGUUAUCGCCCUUUUUGUGUGCUUGAAUUGGAUUGCUCUCUCUUUGUCGACCAGCAGUGUUCUUGGAUGCGACUUCAAAAGCGAGAAGAAUUUAAUGAAAAAUAUAUCGGAUCUUCAGCUGCAGCUGUUUAGUUCUAUGCAAAAGAGAAUGACAUAUAUGAAGUCUGCAGUAUUUGAGACUCAGUGCAAAAGUACUGGAUGUACCUUCAAUGGCCAUGAUUCCGCUGAUAAAACAAAAAAUGUUGGACAACUUCGGGUAUUUAAAGAAUUGAAAGCUAUUCGAAAGGAGAUCAGUGGAUUAGGAAAGCAAAAAAGUGAAAUCAAAGUAUGUCAAAAUGGAUGGAGAAAGUUCAGAAAUCACUGUUAUGCGUUCUUCCCGGAAAAACGGAACUGGUUUGAAGCCCAUAUGUCCUGCAGACAACACGGUGCUAAGUUAGUGCACAUUGGCGACGGAGUGGAAAAUAAAUGGAUAGCCUCUCAAUAUAAGACUAGAUCCAUUUGGGUUGAUGCAACAGAUAUUGCAAAAGAGGGGCAGUGGAAAUCGUUCUCUAACGGUAAAGCAACGUAUACCAACUGGUCAAAAGGUAACCCCGGCAGAAAUAGUCAACAUUGUGCCACAAUCAACUGGGCUGGCUCAGGGCUAUGGGAUGAUGAUCACUGUAUCAACGGUUUGACUUUCAUCUGCGAACAGUCAGGAACCGAAUGCUAAAUAGAACUGAAAGCUGACUGCAGUGAAAACUGAAGCCGAAACAUUUUUGAAUAAAUAAUCUUUCAUCUCGUGUUUUG